UUUUACGUCUAUUUUUUUCUUUCCUUCCCACCUCUUCCCGCUGACGUUGGGUAGUUGCAUGUCUAUCACGCGGUUGUGACUUCGUUGAAAGUCCGUUCCAUAACGGUGUACAUACCACUUGUGACGACUUCCUACCAUUCAUUGUUCAAUAUACCAUCUCCGACUAAAGGACGAACUAAAGCUCAUCCUCGACCACCAUCCUUCACGCGACCAUCAUUGUAACUUCACGCCACACUACAUUAAUUGCCCCACGAACUUGAAUGAUGUCACAAUCCCUCCUUGCAAGCGGGGAAGAUCCUCUUCAUGUCUUAUGUCUCCAUUUCAACGUACAAAAGAUCAUACCGGGAUAUUUCUCCCCCGCCGACAUGUCAGAGACGCUAGAAUUUCCUGUCUUACAUGAUUCCCGCAUGCCUACACACGUCUUAGCCCUAUUCCCCCCCUCCCACAACAAAAUUUCUAUUACCCGACCGUUAAUUGCGCCCGUCGACGCUGACCUGUAUAAUCAAGGCUUCAGGGUCGACCUGAUCCUUCCGCCGCCACCGGGUUCGACCCGACCCGUUCCUCACUCAGCGUCACAGGGACUCUACGUUUCCAUACCUCUCGUGCUUCCGCUUACGACGGUCCCUCAUCCACCGUCGAUGUCUCUUCUCCUUCUCUUCGCACUCGGACUCGAAACGAACAUCAACGAUCUCGCUUAUCGCCUGCUACUAGUCUCCGUGGUGGAUGAAUUCCCCAACGCGGCGGCAAUGGCACAAGCCAUGGUCUCUCUAAACGAAGAGGAGUUUGAACGGAGGUUCCAGUUUAAUAUGGGCCUUUGGAAAAACGUUCUUGGGCUUGGAGUCAUGAACAACCGGGUUAUUGAGGUUGUGCGUUUGGCCUUUAACGUCACGGCCGAGGCAAGAAAAUUAAGAAACCGGCUAUUGAACGAAUGAACGAAUACGAUUCAUAAUAUCACGAGACUGUUUUUGGCACUACUGAAGCCCACCGCAGACAUCCUUUUUCACCACCAUCUUUUUCCGUUACAUCAUCCCAUAUUAUACUAGUUUUCUUAAUGCUUUCCUCU